UUGGUACACAGCAAGGAGCCAGGGGGUGUGCCAUUAAAGCUACUGGUGAGGAGUGGUGGAAGCCCAGUGACCAGGCAACGAGGGUCGGUGCAAGAUGAAGGUGUUCCUGUCUCUUCUGUUGGUUGCUGUCACUUGCAGGGAAUUUGUGCAAACCUUGCAAUGUUACUCUUGCCAUGAACCUGCUCCUGUUGAGAAUUGCCUGAGGAUCCAGAACUGCACAACGAAUGAAACCAUGUGCAAGACUACAAUGUAUUCCCUGGAGGAUGUUUAUCCCUUCACGGGAGUCUUGACGUUCACCAAGACGUGCUCCUCUGUCUGCCUCCCAUCUGACGUGGACGGGAUCGGCCUGACUCGCCCCGUCUCCUGCUGCUACUCUGACUUGUGCAACUUUGAUGGUGCAGCUACUUUGAGGAUCAACUUGGUGCUAGUUGGGAUGCUAGCAGGUUCCCUUUGUGCCCUUUUCUGGACUAGACUGUGAGGAGUUGAUGGGGAGGCCUUUCAUGCUGAAGAACCCAAUGAAGAAGAGAAUAAACCCCUGCCAGCUCAGCUUCCUGGUUGGGUGCCCUGUGAUCAACCCUUGACAGCUUCCAGGAAUUGCUUUUUUAGUACCCACCUGUCCCACACCACCCUUUUUCUGGGACCAAGAGGGAAGCAAAGCUCAGAAAGACCCAACACAAUUUUUUUAAUUGACUCUUGAACAACUCCCAUAAAACGACCUAUGGAGUUUGAUUGCUGUGCUGGUCUGGUUGGUUUUGAACUUAAAAAUUCUGGUAUAUGAAGUAUAUUUAAAGCAAAAAACUCUGUGCUAAGAGUCUUCCAAACCCCCUUAGAGCAUUUUCCCCAGGUGUUAGCCAGUAGAAUAACUGGAAUGGCCAGUUUUCU